CCGCCUCCCCCUCCCCCCUUCCCGCCCCGCCCUGCCCGCACCUUCUCCGUCCCCCUGUCUCCUGCCCGCGGCCUGCUGGGGCUGUUCGCGGGGCUCCUAGUUGGGGUAGACGGUGCCACAGGGGCCCCGGAAGGCAGGGGCCAGGCCUGCUGGCGGCACCUGCCGCCCGAAGCGUGCCAGUGUGGGCCGGCGGCCUGGAGGAAGAGGCGUUCGGUGGACGGUAGGAGCGCAGAGCGGCCAGGGGGUCCGCGGUGCGUGGCGCUGCGGGGCCAACGAACGGAGCGAGCUGUGGCUUGGGGCCGUGUAGGUGUCGAAACGGAGUCCCCGAGAUAGGAGGCUUUGAAUCCUGGCGGCCCGCAGCGCAGCAAGCCUUCCCCCCUCCGCACCCGCAGGGGCCAGCUGGACGGAGCGGGAGUGGGGGCACUUCAGGGGUCUCUGGGAAGAGAUGGGAGGGGGCGGCUGGGACCUCCCAGGUCCCUCUCCCUCGCCUCCGUCCCUUGGGCUGGGACCUGCCCAGCUGGGCUUCCCUCCCGGCCUCUGUCCCACUGCCCUGAACUGUUCCUGGGAGGAUUGGCCCCAGUGCAGAAACUGGGACAGGGUUGCCACAUCCCUGCCUGGAGUCCUGAAACCGCCCGGGCUUCUCCUCCUCCGCCCGCUGUGUUCCCGUCGCACCUGCCCUUCUGUUGGGACACAGACCAGUCAGCGCCCCACCAGCUUCCGUGAAUGUUUGGUUUUUAAACUAGAAACUCGGAUGUAGUGUGACUCAAAGUGUGGAACCUCGUGUGUGAGGACGGCUGGAAGGUGCCCCUGGAGCAGAUGAGCCACUGCCUGGGCUGGCUGCUGGGCUGUGUCCUCCUUGGUGCAGGCUGUGACCGGUAUGGACGUCGGGCUGUGUUUGUGGCCUCCCUGGUGCUGGCCACAGGCCUGGGGGCCAGUGAGGCCCUGGCCGCCAGCUUUCCUGCCCUGGUGGCUCUGAGGCUGCUUCAUGGGGGGUCCUUGGCGGGCUUUGGCCUGGCCCUGUACGUGGCUCGUCUGGAGCUGUGUGACCCCCCUCACCGCCUGGCAUUCUCCAUGGUGGGUGGCCUCUUCUCGGUGCUGGGCACCCUGCUGCUGCCCGGCCUGGCCCUGCUCGUGCAAGACUGGCGCCUUCUGCAGGGGCUGAGCGCCCUGGUCACGGGGCUCUUGCUCCUGUUCUGGGGGUUCCCAUCGCUGUUCCCGGAGUCUCCCCGCUGGCUGCUGGCCACGGGACAGCCAGCCCGAGCCGGGAAGAUCCUGGGGCACUUUGCGGAAGCCGGGGGUGUGGACCCCGAGGACAGCUCGGAGGAGGAGAGCUCCCUGGCUAUGGGCACAGAACUGGAUAUGCUGGGUGCAGGGGGCCCCCAGCCCCAGUACCACUCCGUCCUGGAACUCCGGCACACCUGCGUCGCCUGGAGGAACGGACUCAUCCUCGGCUUCAGUUCGCUGAGCUGCGGGGGCAUCCGAGCCAGCUUCCUGCGCAGCCUGACCCCGAGGGAGCCCACCUUCUACCAGCCCUACUUCCUGGGCGCUGGCCUGGAAGCAGGAGCCAGCGUGUUCCUGCUGCUGACGGGGGACCGCUGGGGACGACGCCCAGUCCUCUUGCUGGGCACCCUGGCCAUGGGCUUGGCGUCCCUGUUGCUCCUAGCCGGGACCCAGUACCUGCCAGAAUGGACCCUGCUGUCCCUCUCUGCCCUGGGCCUCCUGGCCUCCCAGGCCGUGUCGGCUGUCAGCGCGCUCCUCGCCGCAGAGGUUCUCCCCACGGUGAUCAGGGGGGCCGGGCUGGGCCUCGUGCUGGGGGCCGGCUUCCUGGGCCAGGCGGCCGCCCCCCUGGCCGACCUGCCGGGCCGGCGCGGCUUCUUCCUGCACCACGUGGUGUUCGCCGCCUUCGCGGUCCUGGCCCUGCUGCUUGUGCUGCUGCUGCCCGAGAGCCGCGGCUGCGCGCUGCCCGUGUCGCCGCGGGACGCCGACCGCCUGUGCCGCGCCCCCCUCCGCCGCCCGGGCCCGGCCCGCCUGCCGCUGCUGCCGCCCAUCCCCUGCGCGGUGGGGCAGCCGCUGGCCCAGGAGAACUGAGCGCAGCCCCCUCCGGCGGGCGGCUGUGACCCAAGGCGGAGCCCCCACCCCCUGGAGCCCCCGUCGCUCAGCACCCCCGCCCCAUGUGGAGGAUGAAGGCGGCACCGUGGAGCUUGGCGUCCUCGCUGCUCUUUCCCGCGGCCCCGGGCCACCCGCUCCGUGCAGCUGACUCCCGCCAGCCCCACACCCUGGG